UUUUCUUACAGCUGACUAAAAUUUUUGUUAUUUAACCUUACAAAUUAGAAUAUAGUAAUGAUUUAUUAAAAUAAAAAGUUGAAUAAAAUUGUUAAAAAAUGUCAUAUACAAUUCUACAAAAGCUGUCUUUAACAUGUUUGAAGGCAGACCAACCUCUGUUAACCACGAUACGUAAUGCGAGUAAGAAAACCGGUGGUAGUACUCGCAACAAGAAAGGACAUGCUAGACCAAAACAUCGUGGCUGGCGAGUACAGGAUGGUCACUAUGUAUCACAAGGUACUCUAUUGGCAACACAAUUAACCACCAGAUUCCAUCCAGGUUUAAAUGUUGGUUUUGGACGUAAUGGUACAUUGUUUGCUAUGGAACAUGGCAAGGUCUAUGUCACCUGUGAACCUUUAGACCCCAAUUGGGACCAUACCUGGGUACAGCGCCAUUAUGCUGGCCGUGAGGGUCAACCCAUACACAAGAAAUUCUUUAAUGUUGUGCCAGACCAACAGCAUCAACGUUUUCGUUUAGUUGAUGAAAUUUAAAAUAUGUAAUUUAUAUUAAAUAUUAAUUAAUAAAGUUGCACAUUGUUAUAAUUUAAGGUAA